AGCUCCAUGCUGGAAUUUUCAGAGCUGAAAAAUUAGAGAAAGGAAAAUUCUGAAAUUGUCAUACAUCUGAGAUGACUUCGAUAAUAGUUGCUAGAGCCCUCGCCCCAGCAUUCCAUCGCUCAUUAAAACAGCUGAUAAAAAAGGGGUCUAUUCGACAGCUCCAAAACUUCGCCAAAACCCUACAAGUAGUCCCACAAUAUAGACAAAAACGAUUCUAUGCCGAGAAGCAGGUAUUCGAACGAACCAAACCUCAUUGCAAUGUAGGCACAAUAGGUCAUGUGGAUCAUGGCAAAACCACUCUAACUGCUGCCAUCACCAAAGUCCUCUCUGAGCAAAAACUAGCCCUCGCUCGACUAUACCAAGACAUCGACAAUGCCCCUGAAGAAAAAGCUCGAGGUAUCACCAUAAAUGUUGCUCACAUUGAGUAUCAAACCGAAAACAGACAUUAUGGCCACACUGAUUGCCCUGGCCAUGCCGAUUACAUAAAAAACAUGAUCACCGGAGCCGCCCAAAUGGACGGCGCUAUCAUGGUAGUAGCUGCAACAGAUGGGGUGAUGCCUCAAACCAGGGAGCACCUGCUCCUUGCCAAGCAAAUUGGUGUCACCCACUUGGUAGUGUUCAUCAACAAAGUUGAUGCAGCAGACAAAGAAAUGGUGGAACUGGUGGAAAUGGAGAUCAGGGAACUCCUCACUGAAAUGGGCUUUGAUGGGGAUAAUAUCCCCAUUGUUUCUGGAUCUGCACUUUGUGCUUUAGAGGGCAAGAACCCUGAAAUUGGUUCAGAGGCUAUCCUCAAACUUUUAGCAGAAGUGGAUUCUUAUAUUCCCACACCUGUUCGGGAACUGGACAAGCCUUUCCUGCUGCCUGUUGAGAACACUUAUUCCAUUCCUGGUAGAGGGACAGUAGUGACUGGCAGACUGGAGAGGGGGGUGCUCAAAAAGGGUGCAGAUUGUGAAAUUGUAGGGUAUAAUAAGGUAUUGAAGACUGUGGUGACUGGGGUGGAAAUGUUCCACAAGAUUUUGGAGGAGGCACAAGCUGGAGAUCAAUUAGGAGCACUGAUAAGGGGGUUGAAAAGGGAUGAUGUUAAAAGAGGCAUGGUUUUGGCUAAGCCAGGCACAGUCAAGAGCCAGGACCACAUAGAGUCACAGGUGUAUGUGUUGAGCAAAGAGGAAGGCGGCAGAACGAAACCGUUCACGUCGUUCAUCCAGUUGCAGAUGUUCUGCAGGACGUGGGAUUGCGCCGUCCAAGUCAUCGUUGCCGAUAAAGAGAUGGUUAUGCCCGGGGAAGAUUCUAGGUUAGAAUUGAGGAUGAUGAGGCCCAUGGUGCUUGAGGAGGGCCAAAGGUUCACGUUGAGAGACGGCUCUCAAACGCUGGGUACUGGGGUGGUCACCAAAACAUUGGCCCGUCUCACGCCAGAAGAGCGAGAAGCCAUCUCUGAGGGCAAAAAGGCCAGAGAGAAGAAGUUGCAAGCCGCCAAAUGAGACUCUUAGGUUAAUAAUUAUUCGUUUUUCUAAUUAUUUAGUUUCGUGUAAGUUGAUCUUGAAAUAUUUAGUACCUAUCUAUCCAUAUAACUAUUACUUAGUACCUACCAAUUAUUGUUUUUAUAUACCAGUGAUUUUAUCAUCUGCUCUUUUUCUGUUGAUCAAUGAUAUUUUUUGACAAAUAAUCAGUUGUUAUCCCCAAAGAGUCCGAAUAAAGUGUAUUGAUAAGAG